GAGCUGCUUGCAGCUUAGUUCGGGUGUUGCAUAACCAUACUGCAGGUCCACAGUGUAGGAGGCAGUCAGUGUAGGUUCAACACCACUCAUCGGUUUACCUCUUCACAAUGGCAGCUCCUAAGAAAGUCUGCAUCAUUGGUUCUGGAAAUUGGGGUUCUGCCAUUGCCAAGAUAGUGGGGUCCAAUGCAGCACAGAAUUCAACAUUUGACAACACCGUAAAAAUGUGGGUGUUUGAGGAGACUGUGAAUGGGCGCAAACUGACUGAAAUAAUCAACACUGACCAUGAAAAUGUGAAGUACCUUCCUGGGCAUAAGCUACCAGAAAAUGUGCUGGCCGUCCCAGACCUGGUGGAGGCGUCCAGUGAUGCAGACAUUUUGGUGUUUGUGAUCCCGCACCAGUUCGUUGGGAAAGUGUGUGACACCAUACAGGGCAAGAUAAAGAGUGAUGCGCUGGGGAUUUCCCUUAUCAAGGGUGUAGACGAGGGGCCUGAUGGACUUAAACUAAUCUCUGAUGUGAUCCAGGAGAAGCUUGGUAUCACCAUGAGUGUGCUGAUGGGGGCCAACAUUGCCAAUGAGGUUGCUGAUGAGAAGUUUUGUGAGACCACCAUUGGGUGUAAGAAUAAAAACCACGGGGCUCUCCUGAAGGAACUCAUGCAGACCAACAACUUCCGAGUCACUGUCGUAGAAGAGUAUGAUGUGGUGGAAAUCUGUGGAGCCCUGAAGAACAUUGUUGCGGUUGGAGCAGGUUUCUGUGAUGGCCUGGGCUUCGGCGACAACACGAAGGCUGCAGUGAUCAGAUUGGGCCUGAUGGAGAUGAUUGCCUUUGCCCGCAUUUUCUGCACUGCCGGGCCUGUGUCCUCUGCAACCUUCCUAGAGAGCUGCGGGGUGGCUGACCUCAUCACAACCUGCUACGGCGGCCGCAACCGCAAAGUAGCCGAAGCUUUUGUGAAGACGGGGAAGUCCAUUGAGGAGCUGGAGAAAGAGAUGCUGAAUGGUCAGAAGCUGCAGGGACCAGCAACAGCAGCUGAAGUCUAUCUCAUCCUCAAGCACAAAAACCUAAUUGACAAGUUCCCUCUGUUCAAUGCAGUGUAUCAGAUCUGCUAUCAGGGCCAUCCAGUCUCAGAGUUCAUAAGCUGCUUGCAGAACCACCCAGAGCACAUGUAAAAACGGCAAACUGACCAAGUGCCUUCUAAAUGAAGAACAUUUCCAUUUUUCAUCUGUUACCUGUUAGAAACAGAUGGAGGAGAUGACCAAUCACUCCACAGUUGUCAUGCAACUAAAUGGCUCCAGUGAGUGGAGAGGUUGCAUAACAUUUGUGUGUUCAGCUCUCGUUCGACCACUUUGUCUUUUAACAUUCAGUUUCUGACAUCUUUGAAGUGCUUUCUUUAAUUUCCUGACAUAUAUAUUGAAACUUAAAGUAUAAAUGUUGGGGGGAGUGGUUCUUUCCCUAUGUGAUGGUCAGAUAGCUCUUUUUUCCUGAGAUUUUUAUUUUUUGUUUAGCCAGAUGAAAUCAGAAUGCAUGAUGUCACUUUUUAGACAGCAGCCAAAUUGAAAAUACUAAUACAGAAAUCCAGACUUUACAGGAUAUCAAAAUUAUCGUAAUUCGAUAUGAAUUUUAAAAAGCGUUUUGUUGAUGACAUUGACUCAGCCCUUGACUGCCAUUCAGCUACUAACAUGUUUGUACAAUGUUUAUUUGGCACUACAUCCUGCAUUCAGAUUUUGGCAGGGUCAACCACUCAGGGCAAAGACCUAUUGACAUCCUUCUGUAGAGGGAAUUAUCGUUAUCUAACAUUUUUGUUGCCGUCCAGUGAAUGCCUAUCCAUCAACAGAAGUUGUUUAGAGAUGUAAUACCUCAGUUCGUUAUGUCUUUGUAUGCUCUAAAGUGUCUUACAUAAUUCACUAUUUCCUGUCUUGUAACGUAUAUUAACAUACUGUCGAUCGCACAGCAACUGUUUUUAACAAAAUAAUGCAAGUGCCUUAUAAUGCACGGUUGCUAAGUCUUGGCCAUUGUCUUUGUUUGUUUUUUUUUGUCAAACCAAAGACUUAACAACUUAACGUCCGUCCACUAUGCCAUUUGUUAUUGUAACCCCGUUUUCACUCAGUUACGGCUAAUGUGUGUGGGAAAAUUGUGUUAACAUUUGUCUGAAUAAAUUUAUUCUGUCAUCAAA